AUGCGCCACCCCCGGCGCCUGUCCAGGGCCUCCAGCGCCAUCCUGCUCCUGGUUUUCUGCCUGCAGUUCGGGACCACCCAUGCUCAAGAAAACACGUCUCUUCCUCACACCAGUCAAAAAAUCGUACAAAUGAACAUGGAGAUGCCCCAAAAAGUAAAAGCAAAGGAAGAGGUAACUCUUAAGCUCACAGUGAAUACAGAACAGAAGAAAUGCAUGGUGCAGGAAAAGGGUGAUACCUUUAAAACAGGUGAGAUUUCAGCUGAUCAAGACCUAAUGUUUGUGAAGGCUGCUGACACCAUGAAAAUAAGAGCUUAUGUUGACACUGUCCGUGACCACGGCAUCUGCCCUGAGAGUAAGGCAGUGGUGCCAAUGGACGAGAAUAGGUACUACAAGGAGAAGACCCUGAAUGUCGUCGAUCUUUAG